UUUAAUGCAUAAAAUAAUAUUUAUUAUUUCAUAAUAUGUAAAAAAUAUUACGCGCAAGGCGCGGAUCUUAACCUAGUUUCUUAUUAUAGUUAAUAAAAAACAUGAAAUAUUUUUGAGUUUCUUUUUUUUGGUCAACAUAAAGAAGUUCUAAAAUGACAAUGACGUUAGAAACUGAACAAAAUUAGUUAGUAUAAGGGAAAGGUAAAGGGAAAACGUGAGAAGAUAUUAACUUGUGUCUAAGAGAAAUGUAUCCCGAUUUGUGGAGACAUUUUAUUAAGUGUCCCAUUCGAACUAGCUAUGCCAUACCUGCUUUGAUUUUUAUUUAACCACCAAAACCAAAAUCUAAGCUAGAUUUCAUGUAACUAAACCAAAAUAUAUUUAGGAACCACUAAUUAAGCACACAUUUGCAAUUUUAAUAUUAUCCAGCUCUGUAUUUUUCAAAUUUUAUCAGCUAUAAGGGCAUCAGCAGCGGUCAUUUUUUACAAUGAUCUCUCAUCAAAAUACUAAUAUAAAAAUGAAAACAAGGAAAGAGAAAUCAGAAAAAAAUAAAAAGACGUACGUAGAAGAAGAGACACUAACUUUUUUUGUAGAGAGAUUAUCUACACGUGUAUAUAUGUUUUUUUUUUUUUUUUUUGUUUUUGACGUCUCACGUGUAUAUAUGUAAAUGAGACAGCAAGCACUAAAACAUUAAAUCUUAUUUAGAUAACUAAUUUGCUUUACAAUAUUAAUAAAAUUAUGAUGAGAAACCAUGGUGAAGAAACUUAUCACUAAAGAUGCUCUAAUAUCACUUAAAAGAGGUCAAUUUCUUUCAACUAAAUUCAAAUUUUGAUUUAAAUUUUUAAAGUUUAAUAUUCCACAAAUAAUAGUAGACCAAGACCUUGGUUCUAUUAAUAAACCAAACAAGGGACAAGUUGCUUUAUAAAACCGAAAUAUAAAUUCAAAACCCAUAAGACAAAAACAAGGGACAAGUUAAGAGAGACCAAUCAACAUCUUGCUUCCGUAUAUUUCAUGACGUCAAUCUUGACACUUCAGCUUCAUUGUGUGGAUAAAGCUCACGUGUUCAAAUUCACGAACCUUCGUGGUAAUGAAAAAUCCACAACUUUCAUAUUUAUUUAUCAGUUUUUUAAGUUCCACACUCCCACUAUAUUAUAAAAUUGAAAAAUCAUGAAAAAGACUUUUAUAAUAAAUUUUCCAGGUUCAUGAACCUCGUCUACUCUAGUAUCCACUAUAUAAACCUCUUCACGCAUAGAAAAAGAUUUUAGAUGUUUUGACAAUUCAAUCCAAAACAUAAAAAAAAAAAAAAAUAUUUUCUCUGUAAUAAUGUAUGGAGAGGGCGAGAUUAUGGCGGCAACAGAAACCGAGUACGCUGUGUUGGAGUCGAUACGACGUCACUUGCUAGGAGGAGAGACGGAGUUACAAUUCAGUGAGUCAAUACCGAGUUCUUGCUUCACUGAGAGUUGGGGAGACUUGCCGUUAAAAGAGAAUGAUUCUGAGGAUAUGUUAGUGUACGGUGUUCUCAACGAGGCCUUCAACGGAGCAGCCUAUGAAACGUCAUCUCCGUCAUCGGACUUGAGCUGUCUCAGCGAUUUUUUUGAUUUAGAACCGUCGUCGAAGCCCCCGGCUACUCCGUCUCAUAACGAUUUUCCGGCGGUUAAAACGGAGCCGGCGGAGAAUCUCGCAGCGGUGGCGGAGAAGCCGAAGGAGGUGGCGCCGCCGGCAAAGGGGAAGCAUUACAGAGGAGUAAGACAGAGGCCGUGGGGGAAAUUCGCGGCGGAGAUUCGAGAUCCGGCGAAGUUCGGGGCGAGGGUUUGGUUAGGGACGUUUGAGAAGGCGGAAGAUGCAGCUUUGGCUUACGACAGAGCUGCUUUUAGGAUGCGUGGUUCCCGCGCCUUGUUGAACUUUCCGUGGAGAGUGAAUUCAGGUGAACCCGACCCGGUUCGGAUCCCGUCAAAGAGAUCUUAUACUUCUUCUUCAUCGUCUGAUAAGGGGACGCCGAAACGGAGGAGAAAUACAGAGGAGGUGCCGUCGGAGUUGCAGGUGAAGUGCGAAGUUGCAUAAGAGACAUGUGUUGUUUGGUUAUCAGAGCUACUUCAUGUGUGUUCUUUUCUUUUUUGGUCAGCAGCUUCAUGUGUGUUUUGCAAUAGAAAGUUUUGCUAUUAAAUGUGGCGGCAGACAGUCGAGUGUUCUGUGUAAAUUAAUAUACUACUGUUUUGACAACGUAAGAUGCUUUUAUUCCAAAAACAGGUAUUUUUUUUCCUAAAGACCCCUAAAAAUAUUUAUUAAAAAUCAUUUAAUUAUAAAUAAAACAGUAAAAUAUAAUUAUUUAUAGGCGUUUUAGUAAAAUUAAAAUUUAUUUAUUUACUAAAAUUUACAUAAAUAUGUGAAAAAUAAUUAUAAUGUGAAGUAACAAGAACUUAUGCCUCAUUCUCAAGCUGCUCUACCAAGCUUGUUGCUGCAUAGUGUGGAAAGAGUCGCAAUAGCAGACUUCACUCCUCAGCCUCACGGCCUGCAGCUUCUCUUAUUGAUGAGAUCAGUCUCAUCAUUCGCAGUAAGCUUGACUCUUUAUCACGAGCUCAAAGAAAUCUUCCCUCUACCAUUUCCUUUUGUCUACUUGGUUUGAGGUUUUCCACUGAUUGUUAGGUGGUUGUUGCAGAACCUUUUGUCUGAUCUGCUUGCGCUGUAAGCCCACGGGUUCUUCUAUUUUUUUUUAUUUGUAUCCAGAUUACAUGUGAUCUUUCAAAAUGCACUGUAAGCCUCAGGGCCUUGAUAUAAAUAUAAAAAUUUAAAGUAAAAAAAUAGAUCGAGUGAACUAAAUUGCAAAGAUGCUUUUUUUUUUCUUGUUUUUCAUCAAACAAAUAAAGACGUUUUUCUUUAUAAGUUUUCUUUAUUAAUAGUGUAUGUAUUACCUUUAAUAGUUUUCUUGUGAGCUUCAAAUCUUUAUUGCAUUAUUAAUAUUAAAUUAUUUUUGUUGUAUUACGACGUUAGCCUGAAUAAAAGCUAUAGAUGUGUAGAAUCAAAUGUAUUUGAUUCAACUAUGAAAUUAAAUUUGGGAUGACCAAUUUUCAAUUAUCACAAAAAUAUCGCUCUGCAACAAAAAGAAUACAUCUUUCAUUUCUUACUGUUGCUUUUUCAUAGUAGUAUUCAUGAUUUUAACAAUAAAUAAAAUGUAUCCAUAUUUUGAUAUCAAAUACGUUAUAUCUCCCUAGGCCCUAGCUGAGUUCGUUAGCUAGUUUUGAUCGCCGUUUGGGUUGUGGGGCUUACUUCCUAGCCCCAGUAACAAAAUAUAGAUUUUAAAAGAUCAUUCACCUAUUUAUAAAGUUGUUCUUCUAUUCAUGUCUCAUGUAUACUUUUUUCAAGAUCUUAUAAUUUUCAUGAAUUCCAAAUUUUACGGCCAAAGCAUCAUCUAACGCGAAGAAAAAUAACCAUGCGAUCAAAAUUUGAUAACAUCUUAGUUAAUUUGACAUCGGAGUGGAUUUUUUUCCACCACGAAAAAUUAUCUAGCUGAAAUUGUCCUAAAACUGUUCAACAUCAACAUCAUGAUUGAGUUUCAGUGACCUGUUAUGUACCAAAUGGUGAUGUGUCACACUUACCAUUGAUGAUGCUUGAAUCGAACUCAAAUUAUAAAUAUCCAUAUUCUAAUCUAGAGUCGUCAUCAUUAAAGAUGUGAAGGAUUAAAACGUAUCCGUAUUUGGAUAAAAACCAUUAUGGCUAUUGUAAACAUCGAGUUCAUCUUCUAGAUUUCUUGAUCGGAGGAGUAUCACCGGAAAUACUCUUGCUACCAUGAUCCGAGCCUAAAUCCAAUCAGCUGAGAAGGGAGAUAAUCACAUUUUCAUUGCUAAUAACAGACCACUAACUAUUUUUUUUCUACAUUUUCUUUAGAAAAUAUAUUUUAUGCGAUUUGUUAAUAUUAGAAGAAAUGAAUGAAUCGAGAGUACGUAAGGUGAAAAUCAGCUUCUCAUGGAGGUGAUGAAACGUAGGAGACGAGAGACACACAAAGUUUUCUGGUUAUUUGAUAAUGAGUGUGUGCAAAGACACUUUAUACACGUUGACACUAAUCCAAAACAAAACGGUUCUCUAUGAAUAAAACAUAUUUGCAAUUGAUUUUAACCAAACCAUCUGAACCGUAUACUAAGCUAAAAUCAAUAGUUAAUAAAUUUGGGGAACGCAUUAUAUAACAAGCAUAACCUAGUUAUAUAUAUAUUUUAUUAAACCAUAAACAUUUUAUUGGACAUAACUUUUAAUAUUAUAACACUAGAUUAUGACCCAUUCUUUUGUGCGCGAGAAUAGUUUUUGAUAAAAUUUAAUUUACAUUAUCAAUAGAUUUAUAUCAAUAGAUUUAAACAUUUUUGAUAAGUAAUGUUAUAACAAUUUUAUUUUAGUGUAUUUAAAAACUAUUUAAUUAUAUUAUUCUAUAUUUAUAUUAAAUAGGUAAUUAUCUUAAAUAUUACUUAAUUUUUUUAAAUUAAUUCAUCCUGUUUCAUUACGAAGUUUUAAUAAAAUAUCUAUACUUUUUUGAUUAUAUUUGUGAUAUAUAUAUAUAUAUAUAUUUAUGUGAUAAAUUUUUAAUUAUAAAAUUUAUUUGAUGUUAAUUUACUGACUCUUAACAUUUUCUUUGUAUAAAACAUUAUGUGUCAUCUUUUUAAUAAAAAUGAAAUUUUUAUUAUUUUUUUUCUAAAUUAUUUGAUAAAUCAAUUAAUUGACCAAAACACUCAAAUUAUAUAUAUUUUUGGAAAUAAGUAUAUGUAUUUGUAAUGUUUAAGUACAAAAAAUAUUAAUAUAAAAUCAAUUAAAUUAAUUGACUCCUUUAUUUAUAUUUUCAUAAAUAUAAAACUACAUUCAUUUAGUCAAUAAAUUGACAUAAAAUAUAUUUUAACUAAAAUGUUAUCAAAAUAUUUAUCACACAAUUAACCAAAUUAAGUAACACAGAUUUUAUUAAAAUUUAAAACGAAAAAUGUUGAAAUAAUUCAAAAAAAUAAAAUUUAACAACCUCUUAUUAAUUGAGAAACAUUACAACCUUUAAAAAUGACGCAUGUCAUCACUAAAAUAUUUUUUUUAGAGAAAUAAGUUGGUUUAUAUAAAUAUAUAUUAUACUUAUCACUAAACUAACCAUAAAAUUAAUUAUUCAUGUACACAAAAUCUUAUUCAUUUUUUCCAUAAAUAAAAACUACGAAAUUAUCUAAUAUGAUUAAAAUAUAUAUGAAAAUUAAUUAUUUUGAAUAAUAAAUAUCUAAUAUAAAUUUUUAAAAA